ACCCAUUCUCACCCUGUGUUAAUCUCUCUUUCUCCUUCACUUCGCUGUAUUUACUUUAUAUAUAUUUUUAUGUACACCUCGCUGUAUUUAUAUACAUUUUAUAUGUCAACGUUCAGUAAACGACUCGGACAUAUACGAUAAGCAAGCUACAUAACUAGGCUAGCGCCGAAAAAUCAGUUAUUAUCAUUCUGCAAAUGACAAUAAAAUAAUAUCAUUCAACAAAGUAAAAGAAAAAAAAAAAAAAGAAGGGAGGAAAACCAACAAGAAACAAAAAGGAAAAAAAAAAAAAGAAAAGGAAACUUAAAAUACAUUAAGGAAAUUAAUAAAGAAAAUAACUAUGGCCAGAAGCUGUGGUCCCUUGUCAAAAUUAACACGGAAGCAAACAAUGAUAGCUGCAGGUUUGGCUUUGUUACUUUUGCUGAUAAUUUGUAUAUCUAUUGGUGUACCUUUGGCAGCAGCAUCCAAAUCCAGCAGAAGUGCUGAUAGUUUAGAGACAGCAAAAAGUAUUUUGAAAGCACAUGCUCUCAUUGACGGGCAUAAUGAUUUACCAUACAGAAUUCGUAUGUAUACUGGAGUGAAUGAAACCGAUUUUUACAGCAGCUUGGACAAAGUUUGGGAGGUUUCACAAACCGAUAUUCCACGACUAAAAGAAGGAAUGGUUGGUGCACAGUUUUGGGCUGCUUACGUCCCCUGCGACACUCAGUUCAAAGAUGCUGUUACUAAAUCUUUGGAACAAGUUGACAUUAUCAAGAAUUUGGUUGCAAAAUAUCCCGAAGUAUUUGAAUUCGUCACUACAUCUCAAGGAAUCAGGGACGCCUUUAAAAACAAGAAAAUUGCAAGUUUAAUUGGUUUGGAAGGCGGUCAUUCAAUUGAUAGCAGCUUAGGAACUCUAAGAAUGUUUUAUGAUCUCGGAGUACGCUACAUGACAGUAACACACAGCUGUAAUACACCAUGGUGAGUAUUUGGCCGAAGAAAGAAAUCU